UUUACGUUUAUUGUAAAUUAAAUUUUUGGCUUCUGUAUUUACCUAAAAUAAAUAUUUACUACUUCAAAUACAAAUAGUAACUUGUAUGUUGAAAACCAUAGCAUAACUACAACCGAUGUCAGAGUCUUCUUUAAAAGAUAAUCAAACCUCAAAAGAAGAACAGCCUUCGUCCAAAAUACCGGAAUCCGUUAAGAAAAUUUUGACGAUGGAGAAAGAGAACGAAAACAAUGCAAAUCGAAAAUCUCGAAUUGAUCUCAAUGCACUGCCAACCCGCCAAUACUUGGACCAGACUGUUGUUCCCAUAUUAUUACAAGGACUCUCCGCAUUAGCCAAAGAAAGACCUCCAGAUCCCAUCAACUACCUAGCCGCCUAUCUAUUGAAAAACAAAACUACAUUUGAUAAUAAUAGCAAUGCUCCGUCAAAUAAUAAUCCUCAACCAAAUCCUCAAACAUAGACAACUUCUGCAAUGCCAGAGGUGUAAUGUACUAUGGAUAUGGGUUUAAACUUGGGCUCACUAUUUUAAGUUAGUUAUAAUGUAUGGAAAAUUACUAAUGAAGUGAUAUAAAGACUUUAUAGGUGUUUAAUUUUAAUUUAAACUUUUAUUGAAAUAGAAGUGGAGCAAUAAAAGGUAUUUCUAUAA